UUCGGUGUCUUUUUCCCCAACAGAAACUGGCUCCUCGCCGCCCAGCCCACCGUCACUCACAAACCACCUCCACUUAAAAAACCCCUCUUUCUUUCUCUCCACAACCGGAAACGGAAAAUGGCCGCCGGAAUCCUCCCCUCAGCGACGGCGUUCCUCUCCGACGCCCCCAAACUCACUACCAAAACCGCCCUUAACUCUCUUUCACUCUCUACCAAUUUUCGCCAAAAAACCGUCUCCAACGGUGGAAGGACUCGCUGCAUGAAGACAUGGAAUCCGAUCAGCAACAAGAAAUUUGAGACUCUCUCUUACUUGCCCCCACUCUCUGAUGAAUCGAUUGCGAAGGAGAUCGAUUACAUGAUCUCAAAGGGAUGGAUCCCUUCUUUGGAAUUCGAUGAGGUGGGGUACGUGUCCAGGCAAAAUAGCCGGAUGCCUGGUUACUACGAUGGAAGAUACUGGACUUUAUGGAAGCUUCCCAUGUUUGGGUGUGCUGACUCCUCACAAGUGCUGAGAGAGAUAGAAGAGUGCAAGAGGACCUAUCCAAGUGCUUAUAUACGCUGCCUUGCUUUUGAUAACCAGAAACAAGUCCAAUGCAUGGCCUUCCUCAUCCAGAAACCCUCUCAAGCGUAAGGUUCAACUUGGUUCCUUUGGUUUAGGCCUGUUGCAACGAAACAGGAAUGCUACUUCUUUUUGUUGUGGAAAAUAAUGAUGCUCUUUAUGGAUAAUAAGUAAAUGAUGAGUGGGGUUUGAGCCAUUC